CCUGGGGAUAAAAACUCUGCACAGAGGAUCAGGCGCUCAGACUGACCCAAGUGAGCAGAGGAGAAUCAACCAUCCAGAGACGCCAGAACCAACCAGAACACGUCUGGUCAGAACUCCUCCUUCUGCAGCUGAUCGGUAACAAUGACUUCCCCCCUGUUGCCCGUCCUUAUCCUGUCGUCUUUGGUGUUCAUCAUGGCGGCUGCUGAACCUGCUGGCUGUAAGAUCAGGAUCACCGACAAAGCCUUAGAUAUGUUUAAGUUUGAGACUCAGAAGCUGGUUGAAGACGAACUCACCAACAUCAGUUUUCCGGAGAUGAAGGGGACAGAAGGACGUUUCCAGUACACCAUCACUGAUGUAAAGAUCACAGAACUGAAUCUGAGGCACGUUGACCUGCAAUUCAUCCCUGACGUAGGUUUGUUGUUCGAUGUGCAGAACUCCUCCAUCUCUCUGAGCUUCCAGCGACGCAUCCUUUACUGGUUCUUCUAUGACACAGGAAACAUUAACGCAUCUGCUGAAGGAGUGAACAUCAACACUGCUGUAAAUCUGAUCAGAGAUGAAGAAGGACGACUGAAGAUCAACAACAUCAGCUGUGAUGCCAAAAUAAAAAAAAUGAGGGCAGAGUUCAGUGGGACGCUUGGGAGAGUUUAUGAUUUCCUGGCUCGAUUUCUGACUACAGGGAUGCGCUUCUACCUCAACCAACAGAUCUGCCCUUCUCUAAAUCACGCUGCUCUGGUUCAUGUGAACUCCAUGUUGGAGACGAUUCCUGUGAGGACGGAGGUGGAUAAGUAUAUUGGAAUCGAUUAUUCUCUGAUCAGUGAUCCUGUGGUGACGUCACAGAGCCUCGACAUGAACUUCAGGGGGAUGUUCUUUGACCUGUCCAAUCAGAACCUCCCGCUGGUGAACUAUGCCGUGGAACCAGUCAUCAGGGAGUAUGAUCGGAUGGUGUAUCUAGCGCUGUCUGAAUUCUUCUUCGACAGUGGGAUGUUCGCUUACUACAGCGCUGGAAUUUUCCAAAUGCACAUCGUCAACGAAAAGAUGCCGAAAGAUCUAGAGGUUUUGUUAAGGACGACAUAUUUCGGAUCAAUCAUGAUGUUGAACCCAGCUCUGGUGGAUGCACCGCUGUCCCUGCAGCUUGCUGUCAACUCCCCCCCAAAAACCACCAUCAAAACAUCUGGAGCAACUGUUUUUAUGACAGCCAUCGUCAAGGUUAUGGUUCUGCCUCCGGGUCAACCUCCAGUCCAGCUCAGCAGUAUGACCAUGGAAACAAAAUUCAACGCCAAAGUUUCUAUGAGAGGAAAACGUUUGGCUGUCCACGCUGAUCUACGCAGGUUUAAAAUCUUUUCCAAUCAAUCAGCUCUGGAGUCUCUGGCUCUGAUUCCUCUACAGGCUCCUCUAAAGACCAUGCUGCAGAUGUCUGUGGUUCCUCUCAUUAACAAUUGGACCAAGAAGGGCGUCCGGAUCCCGCUGGCUGACGGAAUAGAUUUUAUCGAGGAGGUGGUGGAGUAUCACAAUGGUUUCAUCGUGAUUGGAGCCAAUCUUCACUUCAGUAAAGGGCUAAGGGAAAUGAUCGCAGGGAGCAGUGAUGCCGAGCAAACCAACACUACCAGCACAGUCUAAGUAAAUACAUGGAGAAAUGAAGCUGGCAGCCAGAACCUUAUGACCACCUGUUAACCGUUUACACACAUCUGAGCCACUGCUGGAGGGAAUCGCAGGGCUGAAAGGAUAACUAACCAAUGUGGCUGCUGUUAAUGUACUGGUUCUACUGGUUCAACUGAUUUAGUGAGCUAUCUGCAUCUUUAUGUGAAAUAUUCAGCUCAGUUAGUUUGAGGUCCAGAUCAGAGGAGGUUUAAGGAAGUUAACACAGCAAAUAGAUUUUAAAACCACAGA